UGGGUUUGUGAAAAUUUACACUAAAUCCGUAGGGAGAACAAGAUGUCAUGACAUACAAGUUUAUGGUUCAAAAACCAUAGAGAACAGAAGAAUUUGAAAAAAAGAAAAAGAAAAAGGUGAUGGAGCCUCCAGGGCCGAGGCAAAUAGCGUGAAGCUUACGCAAGAGGGAUAUAGAAGUCUUUUUCAUUUUUCUGAGAGUUAUAUAAAUAAAGGCCUUUAGCCGCGAGGGAAAAAUCCUUCACAUUCCUCAAUUCUCAUGCUAGCCGUUACCACUACGCGUGAAACCUAGGUCAUUCUCUGUUGUCUUCCAUCGCAAGAGCCAGCGAUUCAUCUCCCUCCGCCGCGUUCGUCGACGGUGGAAUCAGCAUCAUCCGUAUCAUCGCGGAGCCCAGAGACCCAAUUGCUUCCAUCCUUCUGGUAUCCUCUUGGAAGCCGAUUGACACGGAAUAAUGAAGAGAUCUAGAAAGGAGGAGGAUGAUGAGUACUCGCUCCUCUGUGGAGAGCUGUCGUGGCGUAGGGGAACGAUGAUCGGCCAAGGAGCUUUUGGGUCUGUAUACAGAGCAGAACUGAAGAAACCCAGAGCUUUUGGGUCGGUUGUGGCUGUGAAAUCGGCAGAUCCGUUAACUGGGAAUUCACUUAUGUGGGAAAAGACGGUUCUCGAUGCUCUCCAAGGCUGUCCUCAUGUUAUUCAGACAUUUGGAGCAGACACGACAAAAACACGGAAUGGGAUUGUGCUCUACAAUGUCCUCUUGGAAUUUGCUUCGGGAGGAAGCCUUGCUGAUUUAAUCCUAAAAUCACGCUGUCGUGGGUUGUCUGAGAGCGAUGUCAGAAAGCACACAAAGGCUAUACUUGUGGGGUUGAAACACAUUCAUGCUCGUGGCUUCGUUCACUGUGACUUGAAGCCUGAUAAUGUUCUGUUUGUGCCUACUGCUGAUGGGUUUGAGGUGAAAAUUGCGGAUUUUGGAUUGGCAAAGAGAGUUCACAGUUGCCAGACGGAGACAGAGACUCCAUCUUGGAGAGGGACUUCCUGGUUUUUAGCACCAGAGUGUGUAAUUUACGGGCUACAAGAGGCCUUCUCUGAUAUAUGGGCUCUUGGAUGCACCGUGCUUAUCAUGCUCACUGGACAACUACCGUGGGCUACCAUGUCUGGUUCAAAGGAGUUUGAAGAUCUUAUGUCUCAAAUUCGGUCUGAAUCAGUGCCUGAGAUUCCGGACGAGAUAUCAAACGCAGCAAAGGAUUUCUUGAAGUGCUGUUUUGCAGUAAAUCCCAUGCAUAGAUUGACAGCUGAUGCGCUGUUAGAUCACCCAUUUCUGGAGGAUUUAGAUGAGACAGAUUCUUCUUCACAUGUUCAACUAUCAAAAGAAGAAGCUGCAAAUGCAAAGAGGAUUAAAUGCAGUCCUUCGUCUUUUCCUUUUGGAUGUAGCUUCAUACCCUUAGAAGAAGCUGCAAAUGCAAAGAGGAUUAAAUGCAGUCCUUCGUCUUUUCCUUUUGGGUGUAGCUUCAUACCCUUGUCGGAUUUUUCAUCACAAGAGGCAGAGGUUCCAGAGAUUCGAGCUGAAAAUACAAACGCAGUCACAUCUUUUCCUUUUGGGUGUAGUUUCAUACCCCUACCAGAUUCUUCAUCAGAAGAGGGAGAGGAGGAGGACAUCCGACAACCUGCUGAUUCUUCUGCUGAGCAAAUUAGCUGGAGUGCAGUUUUCCCAAAACCACUCAUCCGCUCAAGGCCUUCAGCUCAUUGGCAACAUCCCUUUACUUUCACAGCUUGUGCCGGGGCUUAGGGAUUGAAAUUAGUUUUGAUCAAAUUUUGUAUAGGCAACAACAAUAGCACAUAACACCUCAUUUCUGAGAGAGGUUACUUGUAAAUCGGAUUAUGUUACGUACAUUGUAUGCAUUCUUUCCACUAUAUAAUAUAAUAUGCUUGCAGCA